CGUCUCUGGAGACGCUGUUGCCAUGAAGACGGAACCCAAACAGACGAGCAGCACGCAGCUUCACAAAACACGGGACACGUUAUAUAUUAUUAUAUUAUUUCGCUCACAGAGGGGCUUUACUGUCAGAUAAUAAACAAAGCAGUGGCCAGCAGAGUGAGGAGGAGGAGGGACCAUGCCGAAGAAAGCAAAGAAAGGUGGAGGAGCUAAAGGUGGUGGUGCAAAGACGGAGGAGGAGAGACUGCUGUACCUUCAGCAGAGAGCUCAGGCUGAGGAGGAGAUGGCCAAGAAGAAAGAAGAGAUCCUCACACUCUUCCUCAAGGACAAGCUGCAGAAGGAAGAGAGGAACACCGCAAUGAACUUGCUGAAGCUGAACGACGGCUGGCGGUCGAUUCUCCGUCAGACUCGAGCUGCUGAGCUGCGUAAAGACAUCACGGUGCUCAGUCAGACGUUUGAGAAGCACCUGGACGGCCUGGACAGCGUCAUCAAGCAUCUGGAGCGUGACCUGCAGGAGGCGGAGCGCCAGUCGGCUCAGGUGCGGCGUAUUCACCUGCAGCAUAUGGAGCAGCUGUGGGCUCAGCAGGCCAAACAUUUGACGUUUGUGCAGCAGCAGUGGGAGGCCGGCCUGCAGCACCUCAGCUCCAGGUUCAGCUCUGAGAGGAAGCAGAUAUUGUUGCACUCUGAGCAGCAGCGAGCUGAUCUGGAGGACGCAACGUUCACGGUGGAGCAGCAACACAAAACAGUGAUGAGUGAAAUCCACCGACUGUACCGUGAAAGCAUCGCAUCGUACGAGAGCGCUCAUGAAGACAGGAAGGCUGCUCUGGACCUGGAGGACAUGGACAAGCUGAAACAGAAGACCCUUCAGCACCAGGAAGCUGUGCAAAUAUGCAGCAAGGAAACAAAGGCGCUCGACAUCCUGCUCUCCAAGCACCAACAGUUCAUCCAGAUGGCCGACGCAGACAUGAAGAAGGCGAAGAGGCUGCAGGAUAUUGCCAUUCAGCUGAGGGCGAAGAUGAACUACAGUAAGAUUGAAAACCAGUCGGUGGAACAAGAUCUGAACGCUGCCAGAAACAAGGUAAACAGGAAGACUCAUAUGCUCCGGGACCAGCUGACUCAGGCUCAUACAGCGGCCAGAAAACAGCUGACUGACCUCACCGUCCAGAGCGACAAGGCCGCCAAGAAACUGCAGGCAGUUAUCUCCAAGGGUGAGAAGGUUUUACGUGUCGCCGAAAUGUGUCGCAAGCUGGAGAGCGAGGAGAAGCAAGUCUUAUCAUCAGUAUUCCCUGCAGAGGACGUCAGACAGGAGAGAGCAGGACCUGAGACAGAGGAACCAGCAAAGGAGAUACCCGAGUUGCGGCAGGUGACGUGGUGCAUUAACGCUGCCGUGCUGCAGCGGGAAGCUCUGAAGAAACAGAAGGCCGAUUUGAGCCGUGAAAACCAGCAGCUGAGGCUCCUGCUUCGUCAGCACCUGGACGCCAUGACGGUCAGCGGCGACACCCUCGACGGACGACACAAUCUGCUCACCGUGCACCAGGCCCCGGCUGCCGCGGCCCCACCGGACCAAACCAGACGCCACAAUGUCAUUGAAGCUGUUCACGUUGUCAAACACUCACUCUAGGACUGUUACUGCAGGAAACACUGAAUUACAAACAUUUUCCAAAAAAAAAAGCUGCACAGUUGAAUAAUACCCGGUACUUUUAA